AUGCUGAUCAGGUGGUUGCUUACCACAGAGGACACUCGUGGUUGUUGUGUCAGCUGUCUUCACUCCAACCACGGGGGUGAGUUUUGCUCCGGCUUUCUUGCUGGAUUCUGUCGCGAGCAGGGCAUUCGUCAGUCCUGGACGCUUCCAGAGUCCUCACAGCAGAAUGGGGUUGCUGAGCGCCGCAUAGGCUUGGUCAUGGAGAUCGCCCGCACCUCAUUGACUCACGCCCGUGCCCCCCAUUUUCUGUGGCCCUAUGCGGUUCGGUACGCUGCUCACCAGCUGAACCUCUGGCCGCGUGUCUCUCAGCCAGAGGUUUUACCGACCGGUCUUUGGACUGGGUCCCCUGGUGUUGCGUCGCGGUUUCAUGUCUGGGGUUGCUUGGCUCUUGUUCGCGACACCUCCGCGGACAAGCUCUCGCCUCGCGCCGUUCCCUGUGUCUUCUUCGGUUUCCCUAAGGAGUCCCCUGACUUCACCUUUUACUACCCUCCCUCUCACCGGUUCUUCGGCUCCCGUUACGUCCGUUUCGAGGAGUUCGUCCCCUACUACGUCAGGUACCCCUGUCGAGGUCUCCCGGUUCCUCCUCCCCCCCUCUUCCUGACCCCCGCUCUGUUAGAAGGAAAUGCUGCCAUGAGCAACAAAAUGUCUGCGCUGGGAUUCGAACUCGGCCGCACCAUCCGAGCGGAGCUGCUGACCAUUGGACAGGAGGUCCACAUGGCCACGUUUGCCGCCCACGUGCUAAAGGGCCUACCACUGGAGUACGGAUUUCUUCGCCGCAAGCUCGAUAUUUCCAGCCCUGACAUGAUGGUGGAACGCGUGUGCAGCGAGGUGUUGAUCGAGGAGCAGACUCUAUCCAUCGAACAGAGUUACAAGCAGAUCACCAGCGAUGCAUCUGCUUUUGCGGGCGCUGUCAACACCAUCGUGGCUACAACGGGGGUCAACGGGAAGGAAGGAAAAGGGGGACAGGAGCAGACGGACAAGAAGAAGGACGGCAAGUGGGAGAAGAAGCGAGCCCCCUUGAAGGGGCGCUGCUACAACUGCAAUGAGGAGGGGCACAUGGCUGCCAAGUGCCCCAACAAGAAGAAAGAUACAACGUCUGCGGCAGCCGCGAACGUAGCUGAAGGAGACGGGAAGGGCGUGUCGCUCACUGUCGCAUGUUCGGCUGCUAAGUUGCUGGCCGACGACAAGGACUUGUGGUUUCUUGACUCAGGAUGCUCCCAACACAUGACCGACCGCAAGGAGUGGUUCACGGUGAUCCGUGACCCAUCUGCAACGAAAUCGGUCAAAGGGUUUGAUGGUUCUAUGCAGAAAGUUGCCGGUGCUGGUGAGGUUUUACUGGAGGGCACUAACGGCUUGCAUGUGACCCUACAUGAUGUCCUGUUUGUGCCAGGAAUGAAGGCCAACUUGGUCUCCCCUGGGCAGCUCUUGGAUAAGGGAGCAAAGCUGCAAACCGAGGAAGGUGUCACUCGCAUCAUCGCAUCAGGAGGUCAAGUGGCUGCAACGGCACGAUACCGCCAUCGCCUUCACUACCUUGACCUGAAACCGGGGCCAGCAAGGAACGGUGCAACGGCUGCAGCGGCAUGCAACGGCACGGCGGCUGAAGCGGCAUGCACCAAUAUGGCGGGUGGAGUGGCGAGCAACGGCACAGGGGCUGCAGCAGCAUGCAACGGCACGGCGGCUGUAGUGGCAUGCACCAAUUUGGCGGGUGGAGCGGCGAGCAACGGCACGGCGGCUGCAGCGGCAUGCAACGGCAGGGCGGCUGCGGCGGCAUGCAACGGUAGGGCGGCUGUGGCGGCAUGCAAAGGCACGGUGGUUGCAGCAAUAUGCAACAAUACAGCAGCUACAGCGGCAUGCAAUGGCACAGCGGCUGAGGUGGCAGGCAAUGGUAUGCCUAAGAUAUUUGCUGAGGUGGUGUCAAGCGCGCCGGAAGAGAAUGACGAAGCGGCCAGCCUCACAACAUAUGCGGUGGGGACCGAGGCGAUGCUCAACCUGCGACACACUCACAUUGAGAAUGACCAUGCUGGUGCGGUGCAGUCCAACAAGGGUAUGCCACUUGUUCGGCUUCCCACAUCCACCAUGAUGGCCUUGGAUGCGGUUGAUGGCAACAACAUGUACGGCAUUGCAUUCCUUGCUGGAGGUGCCUAUGGCACGGACAUCUACUAUGAUGUGGAGUACUUGGAUGAGGCUGAUGAGGAGGAAGGGGGAUUGAGGAGCAUCAUCAUCAACCUCGGAGUAACCUUAACCGGACCUGAAGGCAAGGUGGUGGACAAAGGUCUCCUCGUGGUGGAAUACAUGUCAUCUACGGAAGGCUAUCUUAGUCUGCAGAUUGUGCAUGACCACCCCAACAAGACACUCCUCCUACACCAGGAUGCAUACGUGGCGAAGGUGCAGCAGCGGUUCUUCAAGGGGGCGCCACCGAAGAAGCAGACGAUCACCCCUCUCUCCUCUACCAGCUUUGUCAUGGAGGGUGCUGAGCUGUUUGCCGAUCGCACCAUGGCCGACCACCUUGCAGCAGGUGCACAUCUCAGGACGGAUGCGCAUUGGCAUGAGCUAUUCCGCACACUCUCCUACUGGGCUGCCUCACCGAACAUGGGGCUGCUUUUCAAGGGAGGUCCUGAGAGACAGAUUGGGGACAGUUUGGGGACAGAUUGGGGACAGUUUGGCGAAAUCGAUCUCGGGUCGCGUUCGGUUUGA